GAGAAGUUUGGCAAAAACAAAAUGUAAAGUGGAACAAAAUUGUAAAUAUCUUAACCGAUGGAAACAGGGGAAAACGUUGAAUUACUAAAACGAAUAAUUGACGAAAUAAAGCGAAUUUUAAAAAAAGAAAUAAUUUUUCACUAGGCAUCGUGCGUGAAAAAGUACUUUGUAAAAAUGUUCCGACAUAAAAGUAAAAAUCAUAUUAUGUAUACAGUUGAUAUUUACUGCCAAAUUUAAAUUAAUUUAUCAUCAGAAGGAAAGGGACUUUAUAUUCUCUAAAUUAUAGCAAAUUAAAAUUUUUUUCACAACAUAUCUGAUUAAAAACAUUCCGUUGAAAUAAUAAAAGUGUACGUGCUCCAAUUUUUAUCUGCUUAUUAAUUCAUUCAACCUGUUGUGACAUGAUAGAAAAAUUGCCUCCUUUGAGGGAAAAGCAGCCCCUCCCUGAUUUAGGCCUUGAUUGUUAAAGUUAGCAACACCCAAAAUAAGCUGAGGUAGUUAAGCUAGUCAUUUCUGUUUAAGAAUUGGCUUAGUAUAUUUGGCGUCGGUAUCUCAAAAAAGAGAGGGAAUAAAAAGCAUAGUCAUGGAUUUAUACGACGAUAUUGAUACAAAACCAAAAGCCUCACAAAUUGAUGGAUGGUCUUCUUCAGGCAUUAAAAUGUUGCAAACGCAAUUGGCUAUUAAAAAAGCCCAAUUACCGAAACCUAAAGAAAUGCCCAAGAAACCGGCGUUGAUGACUCCCGUGGUAAAUUUGAAAGCCAAAAAAACUCAGAAUGUAGAAGAAACAGUUUUGGUUAAACCCGCCGAUACAAAACCGGUGAUAAAUGCCCAUUUAGUGCCAUCUCUGGAGAACGUGAAAACAGAGGAUUGGGAUUUCGUAGAUGAAUAUGAUCCCUUAUGGCCAAAUGAAUAUGAAAAAUUGAAAGACAAGCAACAAAGCGCUAAAGAAAAGGAUCGCAGUCGGCGAGACGAUCGCGGUAGCAGCAAACGCAGCAGUCGAAGCCGUAAUACUCAUAAUUCACCCCCUGUUAAAUUUAGUGGUUUCGGUCAACGUAUUAGUGAAGAAGAACGUUAUAGCCCACCGGCGCCGGGCUCGGUGGCGAGCAAAGGAGGGGUGGCUAUAGCUCCACCAGCAUCGCUGCAAGAAAUUUCAAUAGCUAACGAUAGCGGUGACAGUUCCUCGAAUGUAACCAUACCCUAUUCUGCCAGUUCCGUGGCUGCCAAAAUUAUGGCUAAAUAUGGUUUUAAAGAUGGCCAAGGGCUGGGUAAACAGGAGCAGGGUAUGUCCAUGGCAUUGCAAGUGGAAAAGACCUCUAAGCGUGGUGGUCGCAUAAUACAUGAACGUGAUGUAUUCUUGCCUCCCCCACCGGCUGCAGUUUCAGUUUCAGCAGGGUCCGCAACACCACAAGCAAACAUGGCAACAACAGAAUCAACCAAUACAGAACCCAGCAUCACGGAAAUUAUGAAGGAUCCCAGUAAAGUGGUUUUGCUAAGGAAUAUGGUCGGCCCUGGCGAUGUUGAUGAAGACCUUGAACCUGAAGUUAAAGAUGAAUGCAAUACAAAAUAUGGUGAAGUGGCUAACGUUAUUAUUCACGAGGCCUUCGGCACAGCGCCCGAAGAUGCCGUGAAAAUUUUUGUAGAAUUUAAACGCAUUGAAAGCGCAAUUAAGGCUGUUGUUGAUCUGAACGGCCGUUUCUUCGGAGGUCGACAAGUACGCGCGGGCUUUUAUAAUUAUGAUAAAUUUAAAAAUUUUCAAUUGGGUUAAAUAAAAGAAAUAUUGAU